AUGGUUGCACAAGUUUUUUGCCUUACAUCCAGUGGUGGUUUUCCACUUUUUGUUAGAAAAAAGGGAGACGAUCAAUCUUUAUCUUUUUCAUAUAUAGCUUCACUCAAUGGCGUUCAUAUGUUUGCAAAAUCACAAGAUGUAUUAUUGGAAGACACAGUUUCGGAUGAAAACGUUAUUUGUUGGAAAGAAUAUCAUGAGAGUUUAAUUUUAAUUGGUAUGUCAUCAACAUCUACUUCUGCUGGCUUAAAAGAGUUUUUAGAUUUGGUUUUUGAUGCGAUCGUCAUGUGCCUUGGAAUUGAUGAAUUGAUUAACAUUAAAAAUCCAGAAAGAUUAAAAAGAGAACUUAGAGUUACUUAUAAAUUAAUUGAUAAAUUAUUGGAAAAUUUGGAAUCAAAUGAAAAAUUACAAUCGAAAAUUGAUAGCGUGGAAAUUGUUUCAAAUGGUUGUUUGAAUAAUUUCGUUGAAACUAUUUUGUGCCAAGAGAAUCAAGCUUUACAAAAUUGUUUGGAAAGUUUUUUAGAAACAUUAGAAAGUCAUUUCGGAUGUAUGACCAUUUAUGGUAGAGUUGCCGUCGCAACUCCAAGUUGGUGGAAAUUAACAUCGAAUGAAAAAAUAUUAUUAAGUGUAUUUAUUAAUGCUCUGAAUGAAAGUACUUAUUCUUCGGAUGUUCCAAUAUUUUUACCUCAAACUAGCCCUUCUGUUCCUUUUCGUCUUGUAACUAUUCAUUUACUGACUGGAGUUGAAAUUUCAAUGCUUUGCGCUAACAUAAUUUAUCUAUAA